CAUUGACAAAGGACUUGAAUUUAAUUGGUCGUAUAUUUUUAUUCGCGAAUCCGGACGACCUACAAGAUUGCUGGGAUUUCAUAAUAGCUCCACAAUUAAGAUUAAAUCGUGGUAACCACACUUUCAACAUCGGACAGCCGCAAUUCCAGGUGCCUCAUUCGUUGUGCAUGGAGCACGACUUUUUUAGCUCCCAGCUGUUCCGAAAAAUGCAGCACGACCUGGAGAAGGUGAACCGCAGCAAGGAGCUCUCCAAAGUGAGUCCCAUAACCCGAGACUUCAUCGAGGAGGCAGCGAUGACGCAGGAAAUGCAAGAUCUUAAGCGUGCGGAGUUUGUGGAGAAGAAACGUCGCCAGCAAUUGCGGCGGGAUUGCGAGGAACUGCGCAACCUGGCGGAGCAACUGCGCCUGGCAGCCAUUUCCAGGGAUAUAGCCGAGAAUUUGGAGGAGAGAAAACGUCGCCGACAGCUAGACAUCAAAUUGGAAGCCGAGGAGGUGUCGCAAGAGCGCUGUCUGCUGCAGGCCAAGGAAUAUGAGAAGGAAGUGGCUCUUAAGGAGGAACAACGCCGCCUUAGGGAGUCCUUGGCUGAACAAAUGGAGGAGAACCGUCGGCGGCGCCAGAAAGAGCACGCUCAGGUGAUGAACGACAGGGAGCUUAGCCUUCUGAUGCAAAAGCAAAUCCAGGAGGAGGACCGAGCCCAGGAGCUGGAGACGCAGAGAAAAAAGCUACAGAAGCGGCAGGACAUGCUGCAGUCCAUCAAGGAGAACCAGGAACUCAGAGAAUGGCAGCGAGCUCAAUACAACCAGGAGUUGGGUGACCUAGUCCAGAAGCAAAGUGAAAUGGAGCGCAGGAAACUCCAGCUGGAGGCUGAACGCCAGGAGAUUCAACGCAAAAAUCAAGAAAUCAGUAUUCGUUUGGGCCAGCAAGUCCUAGAAAUCGAAAACAAAAAGCGCCAUCGCGACAACCUGCUGCUGGAUCUGUUGGAGGCGGAGUACACGGCCAAGAGUGACGAGCGUUAUCGCCAACAAAUGCAGCAGGAGCAGAUGUCUCGCCGGCGCACCAGAGAGGAAUUGGAUCGCUAUCGGCAGGAGGUGGAGCAUCGUAAGAUGGCCGAAAUGCAGAUGAAGCGGGCGGAAAUGGCUGCGCGGCAGGAGGAGGCGCCGGAUACAAUCAACCAGGGGUCCGAGAAGCAACUGGAUGAGUAUCGCAGACGCCGGGCCCAUGGAGCCUCCUUGCUGGCUAUGAUUGAGGAUAAUCACCGGAAGCGGGCGGAGGCCACCGCUGAAAAUGUUCAGUACUUUGACAUGAAGGCCAAGAUCGAUGCCGAGCAGGAGGAGCGCAUCAAACAGGAGCGUUUGGCCAUGUUAAGCCAGGUUCCUUCCUCCGUGCUUCGAUAUCUACCCAAGCAUGUCCUUAACUCCACGGAUAGGGAGCACUUCUGCCUAAAUGACGCUCAGGCACGGGGCGGUGGCGAUUCCUAGUCAGUGGCAUAGUUCCAAAAUGUAAUUCUAAGAUGGUCAUGUUUAUUUUUGGCUUCCAAAAAUAUAUUAUUUAAAAUUAA